GUGCUAAUGCAGAAUGUCCUUCUUAGUGGGAACAGCAGCAAAAUGCACCCGCAGCCAUAUCAUGAAUCAAAAAUGAUUGAAUGAGAAGAUUGUGUGUGCCUUGCAUCCAGCUCGGGGAGAUAUCGAUUAAUCCCUGUGUUAUGAUUGAUCCAUCCAGCUGCAGAGUCAGCUGCUCCGCACGCAUCGCACAUCACUGUCCUCCUGUUUGCUUUGCUUUCUGAUAAUACCGUUUAAAAUACCAGAGGAAGCCCACUGUGGAGCAUUUCUACGCUAUUCAUCCAAUUUUACGCAAGAAAAUAUUAAAGAGAAAGAGACGGGGAGAGAAACGUGCGCCCUUAAAAUAUUGCACAUUUUGAUCAAAGUGUUAUUUUAGUAAAUCUGAGUGAUCGAUCAGGACCCUUCAACAACUAAUAACAAAAGGUGAUGAGAAAAGAGCAGCCAUUCCUCGACCAGCAGGAAACACCGACACGAUAGCGAAAAAAAAACCGAGCCACACAAACUCAGCAUGAAUAAAUGUGAAAUAAACUGCAGGAGAUUUACCUCUCUGUUUUGACCAUGGUUUGGAAACCCUUUCCUGGUUCUGGAAGAGAUCGGAUUCAAUCCAGACAGAGGAGCCAGACAGGCUGCAUCUGCAGCUCUCGGCUUGAUCCAGGCAUCAGCAGUGGAGAUGCAGUCAGUCCGUCUGCUGCCAGCUGUCUGCUCGGACUGCUGGAGCUCAUGGCCGGAUUCUCUCUGUUUAGAGAGAGAAAGGAGAAAACAUGAGAGCGAGUCCAACAAUAAAAAGAGCGGAUUCAAGAUAAGGAAUCGACCAUCACGAGUGACUGAUAUUUUUGGUUUAAAAUAUAAAACUGUAUCAUUAUUUUCCAGACGAGUUUCUCUCUUUCCCUUACCUCGUUGGGCGGUGGAAAUUUGACUACGAAGCUGCGUUUCACCAGUUUCCACUCGGCCCCAAUUAGCCUGCGCACAGUGAACUUCCGCCCAGCUCACUUUUCCUGCAUCAUCAAAGUUGACAGCCAAAAACUGAACAUACAAAGUUUGUGAGUCUCCUCUUGUCUCAUAAAAACCAGCAGCAGACGUAGCUGAUUAUUGAUCUGCAUCGAUAUGAUCGCUCUGACAAUGAUCGCUCGUGUUGCGGACGGGCUGGCGCUGGCUGCGUCCAUUCAAGAGGAUGAACAGGUAUGAAUGAAAACUGGAUUAUUACUCUAUGAAAGUGUCACCUUUAAUGAAUGGAUGUUUACAGACUGUGCGGCAGCAGCGGUGAACCUCUCAAAAACAGGAAAACGCCCAGUUUGCUUUGUGUGUUUUGAUAGGAAAACAACAAUGACUAGAUGUGAACAGCUGUUUACUUAAAGCUCCUGUGAGGAAGUUUUGAAGUAGGGGAGAGUGGGAUAAAAUGAGCCAUGUUUCAUAUUUCGGAUCGCUACAUCAAGACAAUCAUAGUUUUGUCUCUAACUAGUGUAUCUGUAUAUAUUUCAAGAUGUUGUGCAUCCCUGCAAACCAACAGAAUGAGUGUAAACAUAACUGUCUUGAUAAUAUGCCAAAAAAAAGUGGUCUCCUAUGGUCAACCAGGGUAAGUUGACCAAAGUUUCCUCUAGAGCAAACAUCUGAGAAACAGCCAGUCUGCAGUUUUCUCUCUUUCAUCCUAAGAAAGUAAAAGAGCUAACCACACUGUUUUGAUAUGAUGAUUAUAACUUCAAGGAAAUGAUAAAGUAAUGGUCAUUAAUGUUCUACCUUGAGCUGCGUCACCCCGCAUCAGUCCGUAAUGGACUCUCCCGAGAUCUCGCUACAAACAAGCGUAGGUGAGUUGUGUUUAGUCUCUCUGCUUAAGAAAUUAGGCAAAGUUUAAAAGAUGUUUGGUGGCUAGUGCUGUGGCUUGGACCCUAUAUGUACUGUUGAUGAAGUUAGGUGCUGUUCUGAGCAUUAUUUGUGGCUAUAGAGUGGCGUUUUUGGUUGAGCGUGUGGCUCCUGGGCCUGUUGUGUUUUGCUAUCGUGUAAUUGUUACUAAAGUUGGUAUAACUAGAGAAGCAAGCAACAUUAAUCUCUCGAGGGGGUGUCUAACUUGGUGUUAGGGUGUGUUUGACCCUAAAUUAAUUUUACAGUCUACAGUUAAUGGGGUAAGUUGACCAUAGGAGUGGGUAAGUUAAGUCGUAUCCCUACCACCACCCCACUCUCCACCCCAGCCCUCCCUCACCUUCUCUCUCCAUAAAUAACAGUCACUUCUUCAUAUCCAUGUGUAUUUUUAUCUAUUAUACGCAAUUCAACUGGUACAAUAAUUCUUCUCAUUAAUAUUGCAUAUAACUGCUAAAAAGUUGUUUUAUAAAAAGCCAUUUUAACAUGAGAAUGUCUUUAAGUGAUUCAGAACAUUCACAGCUGUAUUUUUGAAAAGAAAAAGUAACACAUUUCAACAAUCUGAACUGAAACUCUGAUCCUCUCAUCAGACUCCUUUACUUUCUCUGUUGAGCCACUGGCUCAACUUACCCCAGAACUACUAUUAAGAAUUUAUUAGUCCUCUAAGCUAAAAUAGUGGACUUUUAUGUCCUUUUAUGUUAGGUGCUUCUAACCUUCACAGACUCCAUGAAUUGAUGCCCAUCUCCUAAAUAUUUGGUCACAUGAUCAAUUUCUUUUACCAUUUCCAAGCAACAGGGGUUGGCUCAACUUACCCCACUCUCCCCUAUUUGUGAAACAGACUGAAUUUAAAACUGAUGAACAGACAAAACAGACAACUAGACCAUCAGCAAACGGUUUUAUCAAUUUCUGUAAAGUAACAGUUUGAAUUCCUGUAGUGAGUGUGAGGGCGGUAGGUGUUAGAUGAUUCACUUUGCUGCACAACCAUGAAAAACUCUUUUUCCACAGCAAGUACUCACAAUGUGGGAAACUUUUGACUACUAAAGGAUGCAGGAUCCGAUUCGUUUAAGAAGUGAACAUGAUUGACACAUGCGAGAGAAAAGAAGUAAAGAAAUAGGAGGUGUGGCUUAGCCUAUAGGGGGCGUCAAAAAUUUAAAACAAAAAGCUCUGUCUGGAGCAGAUGUGAAAUUUAGGACAUUACUUUUUUCCCAGUUUUCUACACAGAAAGGUAACAUGUAAAAGCCUGUAUUUGACAGAUGUAUGUACUUUUAUAUAUUUAGGAUUUAGGAUUUUAUUUCGGUAUAAUAUGACUGAAAGGCUGUAUAAAGACCUACCCCUUGUACCAUACAUCGAGUACAUUAUACAGAUACACUCCAUAUUUCCAUAUAGUUCCAUGUUUUCACCCCUUUUACAGACACACAAAAAAUUUUGACAUUUGUUUGCGCUUUCGGUUUCUCAAAUAAUACACGGUUUCUCUUAGGUUGUUAUUAGAGUCCUUUAGUUUAAACAGGUUCUGGACAUGUUGCAGUAGGGCUAGGUUUUUGGCUUUGUAUACCAGCUUUGUAGUUUUCAUCUGAAAUCAUUAGAUUUAUCUCAUGGAUGAAUAUCUGUUUUUUUUGUUUGUUUGUUUGUUUUUUUACGAUUUUAACGUAUUUUUCUUGAGAUGACAUUACUAACAUUUUUUUACUGUUUUAAGUUCCCAGUACAGCCAAUAAGGUGAGCAAUUCCAUCCUGAAAUCCCUUAUCAAUAAGGAUUAGAAUAUCUAUUUAUGAACAAAGCCUGAGGUAAACAAAGCUUGUUUCCUCAUAAUAAUAGGAUAAUUGUCUGAGUGUGCCAUGCCACCAUUGCCUAUACUAAUGAGCCACAUUAAGCCUUUUUCUGUGUUUGUUUGUUUGUUUGUGCUUUUGCAACUGUUGGGAUAUUAAUAAAGAUUUUCUGCUGUAACAUCAAGAUCUCAAAAGAACUCCUGAAAUUAAAACAUUAUUGCGAUAAAAUGAAGUGAACUAAAUGUGUGGAUGCAUGUCUGCCAAGGGCUACCAUAGAGACAACAUGUCACACCGGUGUUAAUCUUGAUUGAACAUUAACUGAAUAGUUUCAGAUUUAGCAGUUUUGACCUUAAGCUGUCCUCUGCUCUUUUUUUACAGUCAGGAAGAGACCUCCAGCAGUUUCAAAGUCAAGCCAAACAGCUUUUCCGCAAACUUAACGCUCAGAGUCCAGACCGCUGCACCCUGGAGGCUGGGGACAUGAACUUCCAGUAAGUCACCAGACGAAACUAGCACUGACGUUUGCUGGGGUAUUUUAAGAAAGUUGAGUCACCUCUGUGAUAAUGCACAGUUAAAUUUAUGAGUUUUAUUAUGAUGCAUCUAUCACCAAAAAUCACCACUGAGUUUAACUGAAGGUCUUUUGUUUCCAGCUACGUCAUAGCACAGGGUGUUUGCUACCUCUGCCUCUGUGACUCUGCAUUUCCAAAAAAGAUGGCCUUUGCGUACCUAGAAGACCUCCACUCUGAGUUUUAUGAGCAGUAUGGAAAAAAAGUGCCUACAAUAACAAGGCCAUACUCUUUCAUUGAGUUUGGUAAGACUGAUAUUCAUACAGUACUAUAAGGAAACACUGUGUCCUCCUUGAUGAAGGUUUUAAAACUUAAUGAUCCAUUUCAUAAUCCCAGACACGUACAUCCAGAAAACAAAGAAGUCGUACAUUGACAGCAGAGCCAGGAAGAACUUGAGCAGCAUAAGCACUGAGCUGCAGGAUGUGCAGAGGAUCAUGGUGGCAAACAUUGAAGAAGUUCUGCAAAGAGGGGAGGCUCUUUCUGGUACGUAGUAGCAUAGCAUGCCAGCACACAUCACCACAGAAAAUACUAAGAAUGGGACACAGUCAAUUAUAAUUGCAUACAAAUCCUUUGUAACAAAAUUCAAAUACACGUUUAACCAAUAUUGUCCUCAGCUAGCACUCAGUCCUACUUCGUUUUCCCAAAAUCUUGAGUUUAAUGAAUUUUAAAAUGAUCAAUUGUAGGGUAUUAAAGGUCCCUGCAACCCCUGUAAUCUGUUUUCUUACUUUAUUAUACAAAUUUUACAACUUUCCAUAUGUGCAUCCACUGCAAACUCUCAAUUUUCUCUCUUUCUUCAGAUCUAGACAACAAAGCCAGCAAUCUAUUCGGCAUGUCACAGAAAUACCGCAGUGAUGCAAAGUACCUGAACACCCGCUCCACAUACGCCAAGGUGGCUGCUGUGUCAGUGUUCUUCCUCACACUCAUCAUCUAUGUGCGAUUCUGGUGGCUGUGAGGGACUUUCAAUGAGCACUUUCACUCUUGGGAGGAGUACAGAGUUCACAACAAGAAGUUAAAGUGAUCCUGUUAAAUCUCUGUUACUAACCAGGUGCCUUAAAGAGGUCACAUUCACUCUUUCUCUGAUGGAAACUCUUCCUUUGCUUGAUUCAUCUGUGAAUUACUUAAUGUGAACAGUAUAUAUAUUAAGCUGUAGGUCUUAAUUCUUAAACAUGGUGCGUUCAUGGUCCUGUUGACUGGAAUACAAAGAGCAGCGUGUUGAUUGUUGGAUGAUGUUUACACACUGUUAAAGGGUUCUCCUCAGUUGGAGCAUUAAGGAGAAAACCUGUUUGGAUUUGGAGAGGCUUGUAUGAAAAGAGUCUUAAUAUUGUGAUGAAUGAAUGUUUGCUGUUUAAAGUUUACAUUGUAAAAAAAAAACAAAAGUCUUCUUAAAAAGAUUAAAUAUUUAUCAAAUACUCUGUU